AUGAAGCGGAAAGCUGAACAUGCAGCAACUUCUUCUCCACCUGGACACUCCAAGAAGCAGGCCACCGAUGGAAAUGGUAUAAGAGCACGCUUCCGAGGAGGACUUUUCGACAAGGACACCGUAAGAGGCUAUGCAGACGCGUACGCAAAGUCAAAGCCAUAUCGGCAUGCCGUGGUUUCCGCCUUGAUCAAUGACGACUUGCUGCGCUCUGUUCGAACCGAAAUUCUGGACAACAUCCACUUUACCCCGAAGGAAACAGAUAUCUACAAGAUCCACCAGUCCGGAGACUUGGCAAAUUUGGACGGCCUACCUGCAUCAGCGCUGGAGAAAUUGCCAUCACUGCUGAAACUACGAGAUACACUGUAUAGUGUAGAUUUCCGAGGAUGGCUGUCUAUGGUUUCUGGUACUGGCCCGCUAUCCGGACAGAAGACCGACAUGGCUGUCAAUGUCUAUGUGCCCGGAUGCCACUUGCUCUGCCACGACGACGUCAUUGGCACCAGGCGGGUGAGCUAUAUUUUGUAUCUUACGAAUCCAGACAAGCCAUGGAAAGCAGAAUGGGGCGGCGCUCUUCGACUGUACCCAACUGAUGAAUUCAAACGCCAGAAUGGUAAAGUAUAUAGAAUGCCAAGAUCCGACUGGAGCAAAGUCAUUCCUCCGGCCUGGAACCAGCUUUCCUUCUUCACCGUGCAACCCGGCGAGAGCUUCCAUGAUGUCGAGGAAGUGUACAAGCGCGGCACCGGCGAGGACGACGACGACGGGGGACGAGUACGUAUGGCAAUAAGUGGCUGGUUCCACAUUCCUCAGGAAGGAGAAGAAGGGUUCGAACCUGGACUGGAGGGUAUGCUAGUGGACCAGAGCUCUUUGCGGCAACUUAUGGGCGAUCCAGGCGAUUUCGACGAGCCUCAGAAUAAUUGGUUGUCUCCAGAUGAGGAAUCAAAAGCCAAGGAAAGCGACGGGGAAGAAGUUGAGCUUACCGAGCACGAUCUGCAGUUCUUGAUCACUUACAUGACUCCAAAUUACCUAACGCCAGAUACUGUCGAAGAGCUGAAUGAUAUCUUCACGGAUGAGUCAAUUCUGCAGCUCACCAACUUCCUCAGUGAGAAGUUUUCCAAGGCCCUAAAGGAGUCACUGGACGGAACUGGCCUAGAUGGACUCGCCUGGUCAACAUCUCGCCCGCCACACAAGGACCGCUAUCAGUAUCUGCAUGCCCAAAAGCCAUCUGGAUCCAGUGAAGAUUUGCCCCCUUUACGCAAGCUACUCGAUGUCUUCCUCCCAAGCUUGGCAUUCCGGAAAUGGCUCGCACUAGUCACAGGCUUGGCCCUUCGGCGAAGUCAAGCCAUUGCUAGACGAUUCCGCAAGGGUCUAGAUUACCAGCUGGCGCGAGGCUAUGAAGGAGAGAAUACACAACUGGAGUACACACUGUGUCUGACGCCCACCAAAGGCUGGGCCGCCGAUGAAGCUGCCGAGGAUGAGAACGGAGAGGAUGGGAAUGCCAACAAGACAGAGGCAGAAGAGGAGGAUAAUGUCGGUGGCUACGAGAUGUAUAUGGUUAGCGAUAUUCCGGAUGAUGAUGAUCCAGCAGUAUAUCAGGCGGCAGGCGAUGAUGAAGACGACGGAAUCUUGUUCAGCAAUCCUGCAAAUUGGAACACCUUCAGCCUGGUGCUUAGAGAUGAAGGUACUGUGAAGUUUGUCAAGUACGUCUCACAAUCGGCACCAGGAGAUAGAAUUGAUAUCAGUGGUUGCGUUGAGGUGGAGCCUGAGGAGGAUGAAGACGAGGCAUGA